AUGCACCACCGCUUCUCUGAACCAGUCAAGAAAUGGUCCCACCUGACUGGAAAUUAUUUUCCGAUCCGAAGUUGGCCGGAAAAGGGUAGUAUCGAGUACUACGCGGAGUUGGCGCACCAUGAUCGCGUCCUGCGUGGCCGGAGGUUGUCGGAUUUUAACGGCUCUCUAUCUUUCUCCGAUGGAAAUUCAACUCUCCGUAUCAGCUCUUUAGGAUUUUUGCAUUACACGACAGUGACCUUGGGAACGCCGGAGAUGAAAUUUCUGGUGGCUCUUGAUACUGGGAGUGAUCUGUUUUGGGUGCCCUGUGCUUGUGGGAAAUGUGCUUCUGGAGAUGAUUUACCUUAUGAUUCUGAUUUCGAGCUUACCAUAUACGAUCCAAACAGAUCAUCAACAAGCAAAAAUGUCACUUGUAACAAUGACCUAUGUCCUCAUUACCAUGGCUGCACUAGUGAAUCUAGCCAGUGCCCUUAUUCUGUCUCCUAUGUCUCUUCCGAAACUUCAACUUCUGGAAUUCUGGUGGAGGAUGUUCUGCACUUAAGAACUGAAGACAAUGAUCUGGAAUAUAUUAAGCCAUACAUCACAUUUGGCUGUGGAAGGGUCCAAACCGGUUCAUUCUUAGACAUUGCAGCUCCGAACGGUUUAUUUGGCCUUGGUUUCGAGAAAAUAUCAGUUCCUAGUAUCUUGUCCAGGGAUGGUUAUAUUGCUAAUUCUUUCUCCAUGUGUUUUGGGCAUGAUGGAACCGGGAGGAUUAGCUUUGGCGAUAAGGGUAGCCUUGACCAGGAAGAGACCCCGUUCAAUAUGAAUCCGUACCACCCAAUCUAUAAUAUAACUAUCACUCAAAUUCGUGUUGGAACUACUCUCCAUGUUUCAGAGCUUACAGCACUUGUCGAUUCUGGCACCUCCUUUACAUAUCUAGUCGACCCUUUCUAUACAAAACUUUCAGACAGUUUCCAUUCACAUGUACGGGACAAGAGACGCCCACCUGAUCCAAGAAUCCCUUUUAAGUACUGUUACAUUAUGAGCCAGGAUGCAAAUACCAGUUUGAUUCCUAGUAUGAGCCUGACGAUGAAGGGCGGAAGCCAAAUGGUUAUCUAUGAUCCAAUAAUUGUCAUCUCUACACUGCAUGAACUUUUAUAUUGCUUAGCUGUUAUCAAGAGUGAAGAACUUAAUAUAAUUGGACAAAAUUUUAUGACUGGCUACCGCAUUGUGUUUGACCGAGAAAAACUUGUUCUUGGUUGGAAGAAGUAUGAUUGUAAUAAUAUGGACGGUUCAAAUGCUUUGCUAUCUACCGUUGAUGUUGGCCAAUUCUCACACAAAGCUAGUUAG